AUGGGGUAUGGCCAGCCUCGUUUCCUGCCUUGGCUCAAGCAUCUACUUCUAGACGCGCGCACAACAGCCCAACUCGAGAAGUCCCCCGAGACGGUCUGGUCUUUUUCCAGCGAUCGAGAAGCCGUGGAAAUCAUUCUCAGUUCAGAUGAGGGGUCUCCACCACGGGAGGGGCGGGCGAAGACCAGGUCGUUCGACCCAUAUGGCCCGCUCAAGUCAACCACGGAGAUCAACAACGGCAUCAAAGACCUCCUCCUCCGCUAUACCGGGUCAGACGAAGGCUAUGUAUACGGCUUCAAACACCCAGAUGACGUAGCCUUGAACCCAUCACCAGGAGGCCACAGCGGCAUACAGCUCAUCAAGAUCGGCCGUUCGAAGAACCACCAGGUCCGGAUGAGGCAGAUUCGCAAGAAGUGUAGGUACGUACCGCAUACCGUCUUCGCCCACCGCAUGCCUCACCAUGUCAGGAUCGAGCGUAUAAUACACAUGCAGCUUCACAACUCGCGACUGAGGGACGUCGGCUGUACUGGCUGCGGGGCUAGGCAUGAGGAGUGGUUCAGAGUGGAGGACGGGUACGCUGAGCACCUGGUGAUGCUGUGGAAGGCUUUUGCGGAAUCUCACCCCUAUGAUGAGCAAGGGGCGAUGUUGCCGAUGUGGCGCGAGAGGCUUGAGCAACUCGAUCUAGAUGAUGCCGACUGUUGGCAACAUUUCAUUCAUGAGGAUGUUCCUUCGGGCCAGCCAUGUGAGGCUUCGCCCAGGGAACUGGAGGCACAAACCGCUCCUGCUAGGUUGGUUGAUGACCAAAUCAAUUCAUCGAGCGAUGGAGUUACUGGAGCGGAUGGUCAAAAGAUCUGGGAAUUAGUCUGA